UGCAUGCGUGUGUGUUUGUGUGUCUGUGUGUGUGUCUGUCUGUGUGUGUGUGUGGAGCACAAAGCUCUAGAGUGAUGUUGAGUGUUAGUUACUAUCAUCAACCUAAUUACCCAAAGUGAGCUCUGUGACAAGGACUGAACACCCAAGCAUCAUGCUUAUGUGUUUACCAUGGUCAGUAAUGAGCCUUUGCUUAAUACUGUCAGUCUCUGUUGCAGAGGAGGGGGAAGGUGAAUGUCUCUCUCCCCAAUGUCAUUAUGACAUGGAGCUGGAAAUCAGUGUGUAUAAUAAUGACAAUGGAAUAAUGAAAUUUGACAAAUCAUAUUGCAUUCAGAACAAUCAAUUUCUCCCAGACGGCUUUCGGCCUAUAAAUGCCAGUUGUAUUUUGGAGAAGCAGAAAAAUCUCAAUUGCAGCUGGGAUUCAAGUGGUCUUCCAGGACAUGCUCAGUAUUCCAUUUCCUAUCUAUUUUGCAGUGAAGAAGACAUGGUCCUUGAGAGAGACAAGAAACAUGUCCAAGGCUCAUAUCUCCACACACUGAUUCCAGACCAGACGGAUUCUAUAAUUUUGCUACUCAACGUGUCCUUCCCAGACACGUGGUACAUUCAGACACAGCAUUGGAAAGUCUGUACUGUUGAGAAACUGGAUCCUCCUCAAGUAAAUGUGACAAUUCAGUCAAAUCAGUUAUACCUUGAAUGGGAUCUGCCUAAAAGUGGAUCAACAGAAAACCCUACAUGCUUUGAGUAUGAAUUGAAGGUCAAUGAUGAGGUCAGAACAUUCAGUAAUAAGUUGAACUAUACUGAGCCAAAUACGGAUCCAACUCAGAAGUACAAAAUCUUGAUGCGCGUAAAGAUGGCUUCUGACUGCUGUGACUCUCUGUUUUGGAGUGACUGGACUGUUUUAGAUUUGGACAAAUCCGCAGAAGUCCCAUUACACAUCCAAAUUAGGUUGAUCAUUGUUAUUGCUCUCGGACUUCCCAUGAUCCUCUUGGCCAUAUUACUGUUCUGCAAAUUUCAAAGGGUUUUUGAUAGACUGUUCCCACCAAUUCCAGGCCCAUCCAUCAAGAUUAAAGGCCUGCUUGAAAAAGACAUCACAUCUCAGGUCAUGUCACACAAAUGUGUGGAAGAGGUCACUGAGGUGGAUGUAAAAGAGGAUGAGGAUGAGGAGGAAGAUGAGUGCAGAUGCAGACAUGCCAACCUUGAAGUCAUAUUUUGAGUACCACCUCAUGCCUUCAUGCAUGCCAAACAGACAAGAGAGGACUAUUUGGAAAGAUAUCUAAAUUUUGAUCCUGGAAAUGCAAAUGGAAUAUUUUACACUAUAUGUUGCACUAUUUUACUACGUGUUCCCUCUAAGUUGAUUUUCGGAUGUCGGCCCGGAUGUCACAAUUAAUGCUGCCGUGGUAUCAGAAUUAGGUCAGAUGCACAAUAUAGUGGCAGUUAGUGGAGAUUAAAGGAAUUUCCUUCAUUCGGAUCCAAACAGAGAUGUAGUUAGAAGCGACGAAACCACUUUUUCCCUAAUAUAAAAAACAGUUACACAAGUAGUUACACGACCAAUGACGGUGAGACAAAAUAAAAUGUGGCGCUUUUUGAAGUGAGUAAGAAGGAUAACUACAGUAUACUGUAUGGCGUAAUAACACUUGGGAGCAUUUCGACUUGGCGCAUUAAUAUCAUUACUCUGGAUUUUCAGUUUCACUUUGGAGUGAGGAUAUUACUGUGCUGAGUCAAAGUCCCAAGUGUUAUUACGCCAUACAGUAUAGUUAUCCUUCUUACUCGGUUAGAAAAGCGUCACGUUUGAGGGCCAUUGAGUGCACGCAUUGCAACGGGAGGGGUAUGUAUCAACUUGUCUUAAUUAACGGAAUAACGUAGUUUAAUAUGAAAAAAGGGUGGAGUGUUCCUUUAACAAUAAGUAGACCAGAGGUUAUUAUGGCUCGCUGAGUGUUGCAUUACAGUAUAUGUGCACUCAAUCACGAUUCUGUGCAGCGUUUAUUAGCCUAUGCACAUGCAUGCAGUGUUAGCCUACACUGUAAAAAAAAAUCCGUAGUUUUUACGGAAAAAAACUGGCAGCUGUGGUUACCGGAACAAUUCCGUAAAAUUUACAGCAAUACAGUAAUUGCCUUUACAGAAAACAUGUAUAUUUUACAUGUUAAACCUGUAUAUUAAACACAGAACUUAUGUUAUAUUAGCGUUGCAAAAGGGUGUUAAAACACAAUGGUUGUGAGAAAAAUGUUCAAUGAAUACGAACAUGUUACAGUUUAUAACACCAGAUUUUUCUCUGUUGAUUGUGAAUGUCACGAUAUUGCAGUUACCAUGGUGACUAUGGGAGUGAAACAAUCACACAAUUUGAUGUUAGCAUUUGACUUUAGAAUUGUGUUAUUACAUUGUAUUGACUUACCAUUCCAUGGUUCUCGAAGUUCAACGACCAUUUUCAGAUAGCAUGUAUAUACGUCAGCUGGAUAUUUAAACCGGACUAGGUCUAAUGCUUUCAUGUCUACGGUGUAUUUUUUUUCCUGAUAAACGAUUACAUCAGUGGUUAUAUCCGGUGAUCACAACAUCAACCGAGUAGGAUAGCCUAAGCUAAAAUGUCCCACAGUGUUUCAAACUAAUAAUAUAGCCAAUUAAUGAAGUAGUAACUGACUUGCAAUGCAUGCUGGGAAGCAAAUCUCAAGUAGCCAGCCUUAGGUCUACACGAAAUUUAAGUUAGCCUAUCAGAUAUCAAGUUAUAUUUUAUAGUAAAACUACAAAGUUUAUAAAGUCAUACAAUUGUGAUAAACAGUUAUAAAGUUGAUAAAGUUUUUAUAUAUAGAUCGUUUUGUUUAACAAAUUAUAAGCAAGGUCACUUAUGUUGCUAGGCAACUCUAAACAAAUGCCUCAGGUUAACAUCAGACGUGUCUGACACAUUUUCCACACGUUUUCCCCCUAGUUUUGGUUCAAAUAAUGUGUUUUGCUGCUUGGACUACACUUGGUGGCAGUCUUGGCAUUUUGGAAACCUUUCAUUUCAUAUUUAUAUAUAUAAAAAAAAACAGGUUAAAGUCUAGCCUACAUAAUCACACUGUAAUAUUAACACUGUGUUAUUGUCAUUUAAUAUGGAUUGCAUUGUUUUUUAUAAUACAGUAUUUGUGUGUCACAAUAACAUCAAAAAGUAUUUUGAACACGUAAAGUAUGUGUAAAGAACAUUUUUUUACUUUUCAAUUUACAGUUAUAUUUAGUUUAACAUUUUACUAAAUUACACUGCAAAUUAAACAAUGUUUCAUUGUAAUUCCCUUUACAGGUUUUUUAUGUAGCGAUUUUACAGCAUUUCAGUGUUAAUUUUACGGACAUUUUUUACAGUGUAGCGUUAACUUCAAUUGCGGACUAUAUGCAAAGAAAGUAAUAUAAAUGAUUUGUACCAAAUCAGGAGUCUAAGUAGGCCUAAGCAAUUAGCCAAAGAGCCAUUGUGUUGGGUGUAAAUAGAGGAUAAGAAAAAUAUUGUAGUUUUUGUUAAUGAAAUGGCAAUGUAUUCAUAUUGUAAUAUGUACUGUAGUAGGCUACCUUCUUUUGUUAUAUUUUGUUAUAUAUAUAUAUAUAUAUAUAUAUAUUUUUUUUUUAAAUUGUAUUCGAUGUUAUAUUUUUAAAAUGCAUUAAAUGUUCAGUUAUUACCUCCUGACUGAUGCAAAUUACUGAUUGAUUUCACUUGCUCAUGCACUCGGUUCCUUUCAGAUGGUGGUGUAUUUCUGCUCCUCUGAUCAGUGAUGAUUACAGUGCCAUAUCUCAUUUGGAGUUGGCAAAAUAGACUGGUCUGCCACAUAAUUUUUUCACUUUGAUUUUUGGGGGUCUUUGAAUUCAGCCCUCUGUAGGAUGAUAAUUUUCUUUUCGAAAAUAUGAUGUGCCACCUUUUUGCUUCAAACACAUUACUCAAUUCAUAUCAGUAUAGAUAUCCAGCAUGAUGGGUUUUUUUACCCAUUGGGAUCUGAUGUGUUUCCUUUUUUUCUGAGCAGUGUAUAAUCACUUAAAUAUUUUUUUCUGAUUGCGUAAGCACAUUUUUUGUAACUAUUGGGUAUUUUUGCAAAACUCUACACCCAAAUAAGAAAACCUUUCACCAAAUCAGCAAAAUAUUGUAUUUCUCUUGCAAAAGCAUUCUUCGUACCCUUUCUCUUUCUCGUCCUCCUCUUGCUCCUCCUUGUCCUCUUCCUCUAACUUCACCUCCUUGUCCUUGUCAUCCUCUCCCUCUCGCUUCUUCACCUUCGCAUCAUCUUCCUCCUCCUCUUCCUCCCACUUCUUCACCUCCACUUCCUCUUCCUAGACCCUCUUUACACUAAUUCUCAAUACUUACUCUUCUUUAUCCCUCCAUUGUACUCCAUACAGACAGCUUACAUGUGCCUUAUUUGCACCAAAGAUCCUUCCGCUUUACCCUCUCUGUUUGCACUGCUGAUUGCAAAGUGAACUAAUUAUCUAAAACAGUAUUCAUUCUGUGACACUGUGCCAGUUGGCAAAAUCAUGUAAAUAAUAGCCAUAUGAUGUGUAUAAUCUUGCUAGGAGUGUGUUUGAAAUUUUGAAAUUGAGUGUAAAGCAGCUUUUUUGUUUAAAGUUCCACAAAAAGAGUGCUGUGCAGUGAAUUGAGUUUUGCAAAGUGAGAGUUACAAAAUUGCAAACUGAUUCUUAACGUUUCUACCGGAAAUCUUCAAGCAGAAUGAAAGCGUCUAUACAUGUAUCUAUAGGCCUAUAGAGUAUAUCUAUUCAUAGGCCUACUAAGGCAAUGACUGGAUGGUGUUCAGUAAAGUACUGAGUGUUUACACAUGUGAGGAGAGAUAAUGAAGCACUGGUCAAUUUAGUGGGACAUUUUGAUAGGUUGUGUUUGAAAAAGUACAUCAAGUAGGCCUAACUCGAUUUUUGUAUGUAGAACAUUGUGUGUGGAGUUUUGCCAAAUGUGUUUUUGGAAAUUGAAGACUGCAAUAGACCCAUUUAAGACUGUAUUAAAGUGAUAUUAUUCAAAAUGUGUCUAUUUUUCUUUUUCUGUCUUUCUACA